AUGAGCGACAAGGAAAAACUUACUAGGAUGUAUAUGCCGUUCUAUGCAGCAUGCGGUUUUACUGCCGGUGGAUUUAUUUUUUUUCUUUUUUCCUUUUCAAGUCCAUACUGGAUUGAAUCAUAUGAUUAUGUACAUAGCUCAUUUCUUCAUUUGGGAUUAUGGUCCGCAUGUUUCAAUAAAUUUAUCCACCCACAGAUUUUCACUGGCGUUCUGCUUUCGAUUUCUUUAAUCGUUUUCGGCGUGAACUCACAGGAUCGGCGGUGGAUGCAAAGACCUGACCAGAACUUCCUCUCGUGGUCCUAUGGAUUUCUAAUAUUGGCAACAAUAUGUUCAUUCAUCGCAGCCGCGUUUUUGUGCUGCGUGAGCUAUACCGACAGAGCUGCUCAGAGGGAAGUGGAACACUUCGAAGCUGUCGAGGGACAAUAUGGAGCGCGUUCCGUCGCGGGAGGCACCUACCUCACCGGACGUCACCCCUCUACCCUCUUCGCUCGCAGUCUCUACGGCACCCAGUCGCGCAUUGGUGGUGGCGGCGGGGUUGUGGUCAACGUACCCGCCACCGAUGAUGGACCACCUCAGCAAGUGGAAAUCGGAGGCCCCGGUGUUUACACAGGUGGACCAAUGAGUAGUCAGUUGAGUCCGCUCCGGGAAGAACAAGUUGUGGACGACGACGACGGCAUUUUCUCAGACCAAGGCAACGACACCUACGUCUCAAGUGGCAACACGAGUGCCAGACAGUCCUCGGGGAGAGGUCGAUAUCAUUCGGACAAUGACACCCCAACUCAAUCAUUGCUUUAUGGAUAUCGAAGAGCCCAACGCUGA